CUCAUUCAUUGCAAUCUACGGGCGUUGAGCUGAAUUUGACAUUGUCAUAACGACGUUCAAGGAACGGCCUCGAGAACAUUGACACAACAUGUCACAGCAGCAGCUCAGCGUGCCAUUGCUACCAGUUCUGGAGGGCGGCGUGCUGCCCUCGCCAACAGAGCUCGCCAUCUUCGCACGCAGCGUCCCCCUUGUCAUCCCCUUCGCUGCGCUCAAAUCCGCGUUCUCGCAGCUCAAGCCCAAAGGCGGUAAUGGUUCAACUAGGCAGCAAGCAUACAUCGUCAGCCUGGAUGAGACUUCGACCGAGAGCGCAGCAAGUGACAUCCUCAAUGAUGGCGCCGAGGUUGUCUUCACACCCAAUGGCGACCUCCUCGAGCAUGGGCUCCCUGCCGAGCGAGUCGUCCUAUCCAUCUCUCCCGACACGGCGUUGCCGCUAUCAGACUUUCUGGAAAAACACUCUGAUUUAGCGGGACUCCAUGUUACUUUGCCAGCGGGUCUGCAAGCUUCAUCAGCACAAGCCGGCGAGCUGCUCGCCAGUUACAGCAAGUUGUUGGACACUAAGAAGACUGGCAAAGCUCUCUUUGUCUCCUUAUCUGCGGGACAAACUGCCUCCGUCGAAGAUGUGAAACUCCUUGCUUCCACUUACAGCGCAUCUCUUCUCGUCGCUUCCACCCUGCUAUCGUUCUCAGAGAACGUAGAUCAGACACCAUCCGACAAGCUAGACUUUGCCACUGCAUUCUUCUCGCCUUUGGGGUCCGAUCGCACCGACGGUCUGUUCCCCACGAUUGUAACUUCGACGCUCGGCCAAUCUCUGGGACUUGUCUACUCGUCUCAAGCAUCUCUUCGGGCCUCCCUUCUCAGCGGCUGCGGAACUUAUCAGUCGCGCAAUCGUGGAUUGUGGCAGAAGGGUCUGACAAGCGGGGCCACCCAGCAUGUCCGGCAGAUCCGAUUCGACUGCGACUUUGAUGCAAUCGAAUUCCGAGUCACACAGAAUGCGGGAAAGAAUGGCGAGAGCUUCUGCCAUUUGCCGGUCAGGGACUCAUGCUUUGGCCCCCUCACUGGCCUCGAAAGGCUGCAGCACACGAUCCAGCAGCGCAAAAGGAACGCGCCGGCCGGAUCUUACACUGCGCGGCUCUUCAGCGAUGAACAGCUACUCGGCGCAAAAAUCAGGGAAGAGGCCCAAGAGCUGAUCGAUGCCAAGGAUGUCGACAAAGAACACGUCGCAUUUGAGAUGGCGGACUUGAUGUACUUUGCCUUCGUUCGCUGCGCAAAAGCUGGCGUCACUCUCGAGGAUGUGGAGGAGGCGCUUGAAGGAAAAGCCAAAAAAGUGCAGAGGAGGAAGGGAGAUGCCAAACCGGCUUUUGUAAAUGGUGGCUCUGCAGCAACUGUCGCCACAGCAGCCCAAGCAGCUCCUGCAAGCACGGAACAAGGAUCCACGCCUGCUCCGUCCGACGAUAUCAAGAUGGCCUCAUAUCGCCUGUCGGAUCUCUCCCCGCAGCAAAAGAUCGAUCUGCUCAAGCGUCCGUCGAUCAAAUCUGGCGCUAUCAUGGAUAUUGCGCGGCCAAUUCUAUCUGCCGUACGCGAGCGUGGAGACGCAGCGCUGCUCGAAUACACAGCCAAGUUCGACCGCUGUUCGUGCCUUAAGUCACCCGUCCGUUUCCCUCCGUUUGUCGAUGACGAAGUCAUGCGCAAGAUCAAGCCGGAAGUCAAGAAUGCCAUCGAUGUCGCAUAUCGAAAUAUCCAUGCCUUCCACAAGGCACAGAAGGCUACGACAGGCAACAAAAAGGCAGAGGAAGCCGGUUGUCAGGCAGCUGGUAUAACAGGCGCGUUCGAAGAUGCAGAGGACGCAGUCCUGGAGAUGGAGACUCAGCCUGGUGUGGUUUGCAGACGUUUUGCUCGUCCGAUCCAGCGCGUUGGUCUCUAUGUGCCGGGUGGAACCGCCGUCCUACCUUCCACGGCGCUCAUGCUUGGCGUGCCGGCCAAGGUUGCUAAAUGCCCGACCAUUGUGCUCGCGACCCCUCCCCGUCAGGAUGGAAGCAUCGCUCCGGAGGUGUUAUAUGUCGCGUCCCUCGUAGGUGCCACUUGUAUUCUGGCUGCCGGUGGGGCACAAGCGGUCGCUGCAAUGGCGUACGGCACGGAGACUGUGCCCAAGGUGGACAAGAUCGUCGGUCCUGGCAACCAGUUCGUCACCGCUGCCAAGAUGAUUGUACAAAAUGAGACGGAUACCCUCGUCAGCAUCGACAUGCCCGCCGGUCCAAGUGAAGUGCUGGUCAUCGCAGAUGCAAGCGCCGACCCGGCUUUCGUGGCAAGCGAUCUCCUCUCGCAGGCAGAGCAUGGCCCGGACAGCCAGGUAGUGCUCGUCGCUAUCGCAUUGAAUGAAAGUCAGCUCAAAGCCAUCGAACGUGAGCUGGACACGCAGGCAAAGCGACUGCCUCGCGUAGGGACAGUGCGCAAGGCGAUCGAGAAGAGUGUCACAAUCGUGGUCAAUGACCGCAAGCAGGCCAUCGACUGGAGCAAUGCCUAUGCACCCGAACACCUAAUUCUCCAAGUGGAGGAUGCGGAGGAGAUGGUCAAGAGCGUCGAAAACGCCGGCUCUGUCUUUGUCGGAAUGUGGUCUCCAGAGAGUUGUGGAGAUUAUGCAUCCGGCACGAACCACACGCUGCCAACGUAUGGUUUCGCGCGGCAGUACUCGGGUGUCUCAACGUCCACCUUCGAGAAGCACAUCACCAGCCAAUCGCUCACAUCCGAAGGGCUGCAGGGCCUUGGUCCUCACGUUGUUCAUCUCGCCGAAUGCGAAGGGCUCGAGGCCCACGCCCAAGCGGUUCGGGUUCGCUUACAGGCCUUGCAAAAGAGAGCCACAGCUUGACUUCCCCCGCAACACCUUGAAAUAGACUUUUGAAAUGCAAAAUGUUCGAUGUAGCUUGCGAUUCAAAUAAAUGGAAAAGU